AUGCGGCUUGAAAGAUCUAGUUAUUGGAGGUUCCUUAUUUCCACACAAGGACAUUCACAAGCUUACAUGGAACUCACCAAAUGGCAGGGAUCAAAACCAGAUAGACCACAUAAUUGUAAAUGGAAGAUGGAGAAAGUCACUGAUGGAUCUGAAAAUGUGCUUGGAAUUAGAGACAGUACAAGAAAAAGGUGGAUUUCAGAUACAACCUGGAAUGUUAUUGAAAAGAGAAGAUCGACAAAAAGUAAGUGCAAUCAGGCAAGAUCAGAAAGGUUGAAAGAAAAGCUACUAAAAGAAUACUCAGAACUUAAUAAAGAAGGUAAGAAAAAAGCUAGAGAAGACAAAUUACAAUACAUUGAAGGAUUGGCAAAUAAAGCAGAAGAGGCAUGCAAACAUGGAGAACUAAGUACUGUAUUUAAGAUCACCAAACAGCUAUGUGGGAAAAGUAACAACAAUGACACACCAGUUUUAAGCAAGAAUGGAGAGGUACUAACAUCAGAAUCACAGAAACUUGAAAGAUGGGCAGAGCACUUUCGGGAAGUUCUAAACAGAGAACCACCAGACAAACCAGCUCAAUUCGAUAACACCGAAGACAAGAUUGAAAUAGAUAUAUCAGAAGAAAAAGUUGAACUUGGUGAAAUAAAGAAAGCAUUAUGCAAGCUAAAAAAUAGUAAAUCAGCUGGAGUAGACAACAACAGUGCAGAACUCCUUAAGGCAGAUGUAGAAACAACAGCAUCAAUACUACAAACACUAUUUAGCAGAAUAUGGGAGGAAGAGGUUAUACAUGAAGAUUGGGAAGAAGGACUUCUAGUUAAACUUGCCAAGAAAGGUGACAUGAAAAAUUGCAACAACUGGAGAGGUAUAUCUCUACUAUCUGUACCUGCAAAAGUUUUCCUUAGAGUUAUUGCCAAACGAAUAGUAGAUGCUAUAGAUGACACCCUGCGGAAAGAACAAGCAGGUUUUAGAGCCAAUAAAGGGUGCAGUGACCACAUAUUCACACUAAGAAACAUCAUUGAGCAGUGCAUAGAAUGGCAACACAACAUCGUCAUAAACUUUGUGGACUUUGAAAAGGCUUUUGAUAGCUUGGACAGAGACAGCAUGUGGGAAAUAAUGAGAUCGUAUGGCAUACCUGAGAAAAUAAUUAACAUGAUCAAAUUAUUUUACCUCAACUAUAGAUGCUGUGUCCUACACAAUGGAACCCAAUCCACCUGGUUCAAUGUACAAUCUGGAGUUAGACAAUUAAGGAUGCGUCAUCUCUCCCCUUCUUUUCCUCAUUGUCAUCGACUGGUGCAUGAGAAAAACACUUGGCAACAGAGUAACUGGAAUAAGAUGGUCGAUGAACACAAUCUUAGAAGAUCUAGAUGUUGCAGACGACAUAUGCCUAUUAUCAACAACUAG